AUGGCAGGUGGCCUGGGUGACCUCCAGGAGAUCCCUCUAUGCUGCCCCCUCAAUGCUGUGUUUGAGAUGGGCCACAACUGCACCACACCUCCGCAGGGCUGGACUUGGCGCCCACACCUGUCCGGAGAACCCACCGCUAACUUCAUGUACACUGGAUUUCCUAAAUGCAAGAUUAACGAGCCAGUGCCGUUCUACCAGAAGGAGGUGUUCUUCAACGAUGGUGAGGCCUUUGUGCCUAACUAUGUGCAGCUCUACUCCAUCCCCAAGGAGAAGUACUGCGUGGUCAAGGUGUACGACAAGGCGGACCCGGAGGAGUGCGAGAUCCAUCGUACCAAGGUGUUCGUGUGUCUGGAAAAGCAACAGGAAGAACCCGGCCUAUACUGGACUGGUGUUGGCCUGGCUCACACCUUUCUGGCUCUCACCCUUGUCACCUUCUUCCUCGUCAGGGAUCUUAGGUGUCUACAGGGCCAGUACAUGAUCUGCUUCCUCCUCUCCCUGCUGGCGUACAACAUCUGCCUCCUGCCGGGGUCUGUCAUUGCCCUUGCCAUCAGCUUUGUUUCCUGUGUCUCUCUUGGUGCGGUGAAAUAUUUCUUCUUCUGCGGCGUGAUGCUGUGGUUUAACGUGAUCUGUUUCGAUGUGUGGCGCACCAUGCAGAGCAAGCAGGACAUCGGGUCAAGGCGUCGGUUCCUGCUCUACUCGGUGUACACGUGGGUGGUGGGGGCGGUGCUGACCACAGCAGUGCUGGUGGUGCCUUACCUGUCCGGCAAGACCCACGACUCAGCCCUUAUGGAGACCAACACCUCCGACUGCAAGCUGAAAACGGACAUCAACAUGAUCCUGCAGCUGGUGGAGGUGCUGCUGAUGGUGGUGAAUCUGGUGUUCCUCAUCCUGGCAUCCACUCAUAUUUGCAAGUAUCCGAAGUUUGGCAAUGGGCUCACCAGGUGCGACGCCACUCUCAGCCUCAAGCAAGGAUGGAAGCUGUACAUCAUCAUGAUAGGACACACCCUCAUUGACGUGCCCGAUGACAUCCUCACCAUCAGAGUCGUGGACCUGUGGAGGUACGUGUUAAUUGAAUCAAUGGCCCUGUUUGCCGUGUUCGCCUACCGCAAGACAGUGCUGCGUCACCUGUACGGCCUCCUCUGCUGUGGUCGCUGUAGCCCUCGCAGUGACGAUGACACCAAUGGAGCCAUCCCAGAGAAACACCAGCUCACCACUGUGCACUGAGAGAGACGGUGAAGGAGGCACUGAAGGAGGGGAGGAAGAGAAAUAUGAAGAAGUGCUGGAGAUUAAUGUUUUUGAAGGAGAGGGAAAGAAAAGUGAUAUAAAGAAAGAAUAGAAGAAGAAAGCUAAUGAAGAAGGGAUAGAAGGAAGAAUGAGAUUGACUACUAAUAAAGAGGAGAAUGGAAGAAAGGAAGAUACUAGAACAAGGAAAA